AUGUCCCAGAAACCAGAUGCUCCCAUAACGGGACUAAACUUUGCAUCUUUGUGGGCCGUUUCCAGCCUUUUUCCGGCCCUGCUUUUAUAUUUCUCGCCCUCCUUGGGAGGCUUUCGCAGGCUGUUUCUGGCCCUGCCGGCUUGCCGUAGCGCUGCUCCUGAGCCGGCCGCGUCUCCGGGGGCUGCCGCCUGCCGGCUCAGUAACCCUGCCGCCGUCUGCCCUCUUCUCUCUGCAGCCGUCGCCUUCUUGCUGCAGAUCAGCGAGGAGGCGGCGCUGGCGGCGGCCCUGGACGUCCAUCUGAGCUCGCGCAGCUACCUGGCCGGCUUCGGCCCCUCCCAGGCCGACCUGAGCGCCUUCGGGCAGCUCCGCCGCCCCCCCGACCCGCAGCACGUGCACGCUCUGCGCUGGUACAGGCACAUAGCAGCCCUGCAGCCGGACCUGCCCGUCAGCAGCAUCAAAGGGAAGCGGGUCCAGCCGGCCUGGUCUCCCCCAGCCGGGACAGCUGUUCCCCAGCUGAGACUCUACAACAGCCUGACCAGAGCUAAGGAGCUGUUUGUGCCCCAGAAGGGGAACAAGGUCACCUGGUACUGCUGUGGGCCCACAGUGUACGACGCCUCCCACAUGGGCCACGCCCGGUCCUACAUUUCCUUCGACAUUCUGCGGAGGACACUGAGGGACUACUUCAAGUACGACGUCCUGUACUGCAUGAACAUCACAGACAUAGAUGACAAAAUCAUCAGACGGGCCCGGCAGAACCACCUGCUGGACCAGUACAGGGACCGGCAGCCUGGGGCCGCCCAGAUCCUGCAGGACGUCCUGAAGGCCAGAGGGCCCUUCCAGGAGCUUCUGGCUUCGACGGUGGAUCCGGAUAAGAAGCAGAUGCUGGAGCGGCUGGACGCCGCCGUGGGCGCCGCCCUGGCCCCGCUGCAGGCCGCCGUGGAGGCCGGAGCGGCCGCCGGGGUCCUGCAGCCUCUGGCCCAGGCUUUGCUGGAGAGCUCUAAGGACCUGCUGGCCGACUGGUUGGACCAGCAGUUUGGAAGUCAGGUCACAGAGAACUCCAUCUUCUCCAGCCUCCCCAAACACUGGGAGGCAGAGUACCACAGGGACAUGGAUGCUCUGAACCACUCGUAUGCCAAGCUGGUCCCAGAGGCCGUGGGAGACCAGAAGGCCCUGCAGGAGGGGGAAGGUGACCUGAGCGUCUCGGCCGAGCGGCUGAGCGAGAAGAAGUCCCAGAACGACUUUGCUCUGUGGAAGGCCUCCAAGCCCGGGGAGCCAUCCUGGGACUCUCCCUGGGGGAAGGGACGGCCUGGCUGGCACAUCGAGUGCUCGGCCAUGGCCGGAUCCAUCUUGGGAGAGUCGAUGGACAUCCAUGGCGGCGGCUUCGACCUGCGGUACUUCCUGCACACCGGCCAUUUGACCAUUGCGGGCUGCAAGAUGUCCAAGUCUCUGAAGAACUUCAUCACCAUUAAGGACGCAUUGGCCAAGAACACAGCCCGGCAGCUCCGCCUGGCCUUCCUGAUGCACUCCUGGAAAGACACCCUGGACUACUCCUCCAACACCAUGGAGUCGGCCGUCCAGUACGAGAAGUUCCUGAAUGAGUUUUUCCUCAAUGUGAAAGACGUCCUGCGAGCUCCCACCGACAUCACCGGCCGCUUUGAGAAGUGGGAGGCGGAGGAGGCGGAGCUUAACAGCAGCUUCUUCGAGCGGAAGGCGGCCGUGCACGCGGCGCUGUGUGACAACGUGGACACGCGCAGCGCCAUGGAGGAGCUGAGGCUGCUGGUCAGCCAGACCAACGGCUACAUGGCCGGCAGGAAGGCCAGCAGGCUGCGGCCCAACCGGCUGCUGGUGGAGGCCAUAUUCGGCGCUAUCGAGGGAUCGGAGCCCAUCGGCUUCCCGAUCGGAGCUCAGGGUCAGAGCGUGGACCUGGAGUGCACCGUGAUGCCGUACCUCUCCGUGCUGUCGGACUUCAGGGAGAAGGUGCGGAAAAUCGCCCGGGAGCAGAAAGUGAUGGAGCUGCUGCAGCUCUGCGACGCCAUCAGGGACGACACGCUGCCAGAGCUGGGAGUCAGACUGGAGGACCAUGAAGGACUGCCUACUGUGGUGAAGCUGGUGGACAAGGAGACCUUACUGAAGGAGAGAGAGGACAAGAAGAGGAUAGAAGAGGAGAAGAAAAAGAAGAAGGAGGAGGCGGCUCAGAGGAAACAGGAGCAGGAGAUGGCCAAACUCGCCAAGAUGAAGGUCCCCCCGUCGGAGAUGUUCCGCUCGGAAACCGACAAGUUUUCCAAGUUUGAUGAGACGGGCUUCCCCACUCACGACGCCGAAGGGAAGGAGCUCAGCAAGGGGCAGACCAAGAAGCUGCGGAAGCUGUUUGAGGCCCAGGAAAAGCUGCACAGCGAGUUCCUCCAGAAGAACCCCAACGGCAUCUGA